AACAAAUACGGGACCACCCUUAUUUCCCAAACUUGAACUCCCGCUCUCCCGAGUUCGUUCCGUCCUUAACUAGUCAUCACCACCGCACCCAAGUUUUAGUUGAGCUUAACUCAACAAGAACACUAAGAAAGAAGCAACGCCCCCUUAAAUAUCGCCUUCUUCCCCUCCCCAACACCUACCUUCCAUCUCCUGAAUGUCGAACAUAAUUCUUUUUGAGGAUAUCUUUGUGGUUGAUCAACUCGAUCCGAGUGUCAAAAAGUUUGAUAAAGUUACACGUAUUGAAGCACGGAGCCAGAACUGCAAAAUGUUUAUGCACCUAGAUGUGAAUGCAGAAAUAUAUCCCAUGCAUGUAGGUGAAAAUUUUCCAAUGGCAUUAGCUCACACAUUGAAUAUGGAUGGAGUGCCAGAUACUGGCUAUUACGCUCAAGUAUAUUUCUGCCUUGGUGGUAGAAAGUCUCUUGCAGACAAGUAUGAAUAUAUCAUGCAUGGGAAGCUAUACAAAAUCUCAGAGGAAAGCUCGGGAAAAUUGCUUAAAGCAUAUGUAUUUAUCUACAUAUCUAACAAUCUACUAUGCGAGGACUUCAGUUGCUUUGUAAUCUACUAUGCGAGGACUUCAGUUGCUUUGUAAUUCAGUGCUUGAUCCCUAAAUUACAUUUUUGUUUUGUUUUCUGAGAGGUUUAUGUUUCAUUUGGUGGGCUCUUAAUGCUGCUGAGGGGAGACUCUACAGCUUCGAUAGAUUUGAUUUGAAUCCCAUUUAUUUCUUUCACUGGAUGUUAAUUGGUUGCUGAAGCUGAAUUGUUUUUAUUUUUAUUUUGGGCGGUGGGUUUUAUCUUUACUUAUUGUCCAAUUGUUUAUUUUCCAGAGCAUUAUACUUUUUUUUAAAAAAAAAUGGGUGUUGAGUAUGAGCAGGUAAGUAAUUUGGCAGUGAAGUUCUUAGCUUUGUUAUUGAAAGCAUGGACUUAGGUUUGGAACCUUUUUGAUCUUUACUGGGCAAAUCAUUUGGUGAUUAUCAGAGAACACGAAGCUAACUGAACCAAGUUUCUUUGGUUGCGGCACGUGAUUUCCUUUGUUUAGAACUUAUCAAUUCUAUCCCAAUGUUCUGUAGUCUGUAUCUUUUUAAUUUCCAAGGUUCUGGGUUACCAUCCCCCCUGUACGCACUUCUCGCUUAUAGUAGAAUACACUCUUCUGGCUUGUUCAUAGUAUAGUGUUAAUGCUUCUUCUUUAAUAAUGUCUUUAUUUUCUGACCUCUCUCUGUUUACUGAAUUUUAUUUGGUUGUUCUUAUUCGAUUUAUGUUGCCUCUUUGCCACCUCUUGGUUUAGGUUUGGUUUGGAAAUGGCCAAAAUUGGCAAGUUGUAGAAGUCUAAUUCACAAUGUCUGAGGUCAAAUCCUUGUCCAUUAUCCUCUUGCAUCAAAGAAGCUGUUAAGGUCACAAGAAGGGGAAAUGCUCCAAAGCUCAGGAGAAGAAAGAUUGGAAAGAUGCAACGUGCUCUGUUUGUCUGGAGUUCCCCCAUAAUGCUGUUCUUCUCCUUUGUUCCUCUUUAUCCUGAGGGCUGCUGCCCCUAUAUGUGUGCAACUAGCAGACUGUUCUCCAAUUGUCUUGACCAAUAUAAGAAAGCUUACACA